UUAAACUUGAAAAUUAUUUAAUAUAAUAAUGUAAUGUCUAAUUACAUAUUUUAAUUCAUAUACUAUGAUGAUAAGAGCACAUAAAGUAUGAGUUCAUCAGAGGAUAAUAUCAACGAGGAGGAUAAUACCGAUGAAUCAUCAUAUUACGAUUCAUCAGAUGAGGAAUCAUUUGACGAGUCUAAAGUCGGAAUCGCACUCGAGCUUCCAAAAAGACAAAACAGAGGGAAAAAAUACACCCAGCUCGUUGGAGAGGAACUAGAAAAAGAUCAGCAGUUUUGGGGGCAUUCUACAUGGCAAGAAGAUGAAGUGGAUGAUGAUUACAAUUGCAGUGAAGGAGAGGAGCAGUACGCUUACUCUACAGAUUCAGAUUUUGAUGACCCUGAAGAAGAGGAAAAUGAAGAAGUCGAUGAAUCCCAAUUUAAGGAACCGAAAAAGAAAAAGUUCGGUGCAUAUGUUGACCCAAUGCUGCUGGCUAGUAAGAGAACUAUACAGGCCUUGACGAGAAGAAAGGCACCUGAUUCAAGCCCAUCAAAGAAGCAAACAACUCCGCAAUAUAAACCAACCCUUAGUCCAGAAGAUUUUAAGAGAGAAAGGCGUGAAACUACAAAACAGAAAACAGAAGCUAUUCGUGAGUUGGAGGAGUAUCGAAAGAUAAAAAAGAGAAGGGGUUCCAAUAGGGGCAGACCAAAGACUAGAACGCGUUUACCGAAAGUAUACACACAGGAGGAACUUAUUGAAGAAGCUAAAAGAACAGAAGAAGCUAAUAGGAAAUCACUAAAAAGCCUACAAGCAUGGGAAGAUGAAAGAAAGAAGUAUACAGAGACGAAAAGAUCGACAUAUAAGGGCCAUUAUGAUAUUUGGAUAAGCUGGAAUUCACUACUAUCAGUAGUAAACCCAUACAAGCUAGAUGAGGAAGGUAAUCCGAUGGAAACAAUCUCACCACAAGUGGAAGAAAAACCCCUAGAACUUUACAUGUUCACAACAGGAAAACUGCCUGAAUAUUAUGAAAAAGCAAGAAUGGAUAAGAUAGCCUUGGAGAGCAGUGAGAAGCCAAAGUGCGCCAUCACAGGGCAGGAAGCAAAGUAUCUCGACCCCGUGACGAGAAAAUACUAUAGCACAGUAGAAGCCUUUAAAAUGCUUCGUGUACAAUAUAAUGAUGAAAAGUCGGAUAUAACAGAACCCAAAAUUUAUAAUUUAAAUGAUGAAACACCAAACUACGUUAAAUGUGAGGAUUAAAUAUGAUCCACAAAUUUAAAAUUUUUUAAUUUUUCCUAAAA